AGGGAGGUUGGAGCUGCAGUCAAUUAAGUAGUUAUUUCAAGAAAUGGAUAAAGAUCGUGCUAUGCUACCUGGGCCGAAUAAUUUUCGAUGUAGAAAAUAAUACUUGGUUUGUUUUAGGUAUUAUAAAUUCUUGACUUCGUAAAGGAUAUAACGGUAGAACAAGUUUACACAGUCAUGGCAGAGGAGCGACGGCAAAAGCAGUGCUCCGUGGUUCUGCCCACAGAAUCUAUGAAGGCGAUGGCAGAGUCUGUGGGAGUGGGGCAGCUGCAGGAGGAGAGCUGUGUAGCCCUUAGUGAAGAGGUUAGCUACAGAAUAAAGGAAAUUGCUCAGGAUGCUCUGAAGUUCAUGCACCAUGGGAAGAGACGUAAAUUAACUACAAGUGACAUAGAUAAUGCUCUUAAGCUAAAAAAUGUAGAGCCCCUGUAUGGGUUCCAGUCACAGGAGUUCAUCCCCUUUCGCUUUGCGAGUGGGGGUGGGCGGGAGCUUCAUUUCUAUGAAGAGAAAGAAGUGGACCUUAGUGACAUCAUUAACACGCCCCUCCCCAGAGUUCCCCUAGAUGUUUCUCUUAAAGCCCAUUGGUUAAGUAUUGAGGGUGUACAACCUUCUAUACCUGAAAAUCCACCACCAGCUCCAAAAGAGCAACAGAAGGCUGAAUCCACAGAGCCCCUCAAAGUUGUAAAGCCUGGUCAAGAGGAGGAUGGUGCCAUCAAGGGUAAGAGUCAGGGGGCAGCAUCUGCAGAUGGCAAAGGAAAGGAGAAGGGUCUGAUGAGAAUGAAGCCCCGCAGCACUCAUGAACUUUCAGUUGAACAACAGCUGUACUACAAGGAAAUCACAGAGGCUUGUGUUGGCUCUUGUGAAGCUAAGAGAGCUGAAGCUUUACAGAGUAUUGCUACAGACCCUGGAUUGUACCAGAUGCUUCCUAGAUUCAGUACUUUUAUUUCAGAGGGGGUGCGAGUAAAUGUGGUGCAAAACAACCUGGCUCUGUUGAUUUACCUCAUGCGGAUGGUCAAAGCUCUAAUGGACAACCCGACCCUCUACUUGGAGAAAUACUUGCAUGAGCUGAUCCCGGCUGUGGUGACAUGCAUUGUAAGCAAGCAGCUGUGCUUGCGGCCAGACGUUGACAACCACUGGGCAUUGCGGGACUUUGCUGCUCGCCUCAUGGCCCAGAGUUGUAAAACCUUCAGCACUACAACCAACAACAUUCAGUCACGCAUCACCAAGACCUUUACUAAGAGCUGGCUAGAUGACAAAACUCAGUGGACGACGCGUUACGGCUGCAUAGCUGGGCUGUCUGAACUAGGAGCUGACGUGAUAAAGACACUGAUCCUUCCUCGUCUUAAUGUAGAGGGUGCUCGCAUCAGAGGCGUGAUGGAGGGACCGGUGGUCUCCAAUAUUGAUAAGAUAGGAGCUGACCAUGUUCAGAGCCUCUUACUGAAACAUUGUGCCAGCGUUAUAGCCAAGACUCGGCCGUUACCUGACAAUGUAGAGCAGUAUCGAACUGACUACGGUUACCUCGGACCCAUGCUUUGUUCUCAUGUAGUGAAGGCCAGGACCCAGGCAGCACUGCAAGCUCAGCAAGUCAACAGAACCACAUUAACAAUCACACAGCCUCGUCCCACUCUUACAGUCUCACAGAGUGGGCUAAGUGGUUCUGGUGGGCCGCGUACUCCCGGCAUUAUUAAGGUUCCCGGCCCCCUCACCCUAAUGUCCCCUCGUCCAGGUACUCCAUCACAGCCCUCUCCCCCAGCAACAAAAUACAUCGUCAUGGCAACCAGUGCAGGAGCUGCUUCGACCCAGCAGGUCAUCACCCUCAGCUCUUCCCAGUCAGCCUCCCCAGUAACAAGCACUGUUCCCAGUGCAACUUCCACCUUGCAACCCCUGGUAAAAUUGGAGUCAGGAGGGGGCCCAGGGUUGACGAGUUCACGGCCUCUGCAGAAGUACAUAGUGGUGUCGCUGCCCUCGUCUGCCUCUUCCAAUCUGGAGACCAAGAGCUCCGUGCUUCCGACUUCCAUUUCCUCAACUUCAUUAGAAGCGGGGAUGAAGAUGGAACGCUCUGAAUCUCCUGGAGUGAGCACACAAUCCCCGCACUGAGACUGCAGUCUCGCAGAUUUUGGAGAUGCACCUGGCUAGUGCAGCAUGGACAUACUAAAGGAAGCUUGAGGGUUUGAACUCCAUGGACUUGUCCAAAGGGGAAUCAUACGAACAUGAGUGGUUAAGAACAGAUGCUACUAUAAAUUGUAAAUAUUUUGGUGCUCACUGAAAUCUGAGGAGGUCAAUCUGUGGCAUUUUGAAUGGUUCAGCUUAUACACUUGAUUUCCUUUCUUUUUUUACUCUAAAAUAAAUCAGAU